UAAAGAGAGCAACAAUGGCCCCUCCCUCAGGUGACAGCAAUGUGGUGGUUUCAUCUAACGUAAAGCUUGAGAGGCUUCUUAGCAUGAAAGGAGGCAAAGAUGAAGCUAGUUAUGCCAACAACUCUCAAGCCCAGGCAAAGCAUGCUCGGUCAAUGUUGCAUCUCCUAAAGGAAACACUAGAUGGUGUGGAGUUAAGCAUGCCGGAGACACCAUUUGUGGUGGCGGAUCUUGGUUGCUCUAGCGGCAACAACACCAUUUUCAUCGUCAAUGUCAUCAUCGAACACAUAACUAAGCGUUACGAGGCUUCUGGCUACUCUGGUGUACCAGAAUUCUCAGCUUUCUUCGCGGAUCUCCCUUCCAACGACUUCAACACUCUCUUCCAGCUCCUCCCGCCGCUGGCAAACCAGGGCGUGGGGAGCAUGGAAGAGUGUUUGGCCUCCACCGGCCACCGCCCUUUCUUUGCGGCUGGUGUCCCUGGCUCUUUCUACCGCCGGUUGUUUCCAGCCAAAUCAGUUGAUGUAUUCUACUCAGCCUUUUCCUUGCAUUGGCUCUCUCAGGUGCCGGAAAUCGUACUAGACAAAUCUUCGAUGGCUUACAACAAGGGAAAGAUAUUCAUCCACGGCGCAAACAAAACCGCUGCGAAUGCAUAUCGGAAACAAUUUCAAACAGAUCUAGCAGGGUUUCUGAAGAUGAGAUCAAAAGAAAUGAAAAAAGGUGGUUCAAUGUUUAUUGCUCUAUUGGGUCGAACAUCGGAGGAUCCCACAGACCAAGGUGGGGCCGGGUUGCUGUUCGGGACCCACUUUCAGGAUGCUUGGGAUGAUCUUGUCCAAGAGGGAUUAAUAACGAGUGAAAAACGAGAUGAUUUCAACAUUCCCGUAUAUGCACCGAGCUUACAAGAUUUUAAAGAAGUGGUGGAAGCAAAUGGGUCGUUUAGGAUAAAGAAACUGGAGGUGUUCCAAGGCGGUAGCCCGUUGGUGGUGAGCCAGCCUGAUGAUGCAGCCGAGGUGGGUAGGGCUCUAGCCAAUAGCUGCAGAAGUGUGAGCGGAGUGCUCGUGGAUGCUCAUAUAGGGGAUAAGCUAGGGGACGAGCUGUUCUUGCGGGUGGCUAACCGGGCUGCUUACAAAGCAGAGGAGAUGCUCGAAAAGCUUCAGUUCUUUCAUAUAGUAGCCUCACUUUCUCUUAAAUAAAUACAUAUGAUUUGCGGGUUUAAUUUCUUGUUUAUUGUUAGUUUUGUGUUUCUCUUGUGUAACAUAUAGAACAGGCUGACUGUUAAUGGCUAUUUCAAGAUAUGUUAUCAUUUUGUUAAAUAUUCAGAAAAGGUUUUUUAAUCAA